CUAUUGUUGUUUGCAUGUACGUACAUAAAUAGGCCGCCUGCUUUGUCAGGUUUUACUCUUGUCGAGUGAGUUUUUUCUAAGCAGCUAGCUAGCUGAACUAUCCAAAGAUGGCAGAGCACACUGCUCGCUUCACAAUGAGGUCUCUUCAGCAGCUACAGCUAUGGCAAAAAUGCAAACAAAUACUGUCUCGUCGCCUGCUUCUUGUCAACACUGGGACAUGUUGUGCAUUGUAUACUGUUGGAGACCUACUGCAGCAACGAAUAGAAGGCUGUGAGAAGAUCGACUGGAGGAGAACAGGGCGAAUGGCUACACUGGGAUUUUGCAUGGGGCCUCUCAACCACUCAUGGUACUUACUCUUGGACAGAGCUAUUUUGGGACAUGGUCUCAGAAUUGUGGGCAAGAAAGUCCUUGCAGACCAGCUAGUGAUGGCUCCUAUAUGUUGCAGUGUCUUUUACGUAGGAAUGUGUGUAUUAGAAGGCCGAGGAAAAGAAGAUAUAAGAACUGAAUUACAAUCUAAAUUCUGGCCGACCUAUAAGACGGACUGGAAGUUGUGGCCUGCGGCACAGGUGAUUAACUUCUAUUUCGUUCCCUCCCAUCUUCGAGUUACAUACGUCAACGUUGUGACGUUGUUCUGGACCGUCUACCUCUCUUACAUGAAACACAAGUCUGAGUUAAUGGCCGAAUCAGAGCACAGCAGCACAACCAGCACAGCCGCCCCCUCCGCCCCCUCUCAAGUACCCUCUGUAAUUACAGAAACUGUUUUGGUUGACUCUAACAACAGAUAAUGUCUCGUUAACGUUUACCACUCAAUUAUUAUAUACAGACAGUAGCAGGCUCAUAUUUUAGCUCAUCUUUACAUAAUUAUUGUAGCUGCUCAUGAUAAUAUCGUUUGUUAUAAUUUUAUGUGAAGUGGCACUUUUCUAUGUGCUCUUGUUUUUUUUUGUUUUUGUAUAUGAACAUAAUAAUUUAAUUCAAAAGAAAUUA